UUUUAAUUUAUACGGUGUAUUGACUCUAAAAUCGACUACAACUUUGAUUUUUGACCCAUCCGCCCCUAAAACUACUUGCCUCAUGUGGGUGUUUCUGGUGGACGGUGAUACACCAAAUUGGCGAAGACAACAGCAAGUGCAGGAGAAGGAGGAGAAAGAGUGAAAAUGACAACAGAGAAGAAGAAUGACGAACAAACCCAAGUCUUGCAGAAAGUUUCCCACACUCUUUCUUACGUUACCUAUUCUAAAAACGUCGACCAAGUCAUUUUAGCUCUUCAUUCCCUUGCCAUUCUAAUUUUCCCCAUUGAUGCUUCUUCUCUUUCAGGAGCAAUCUCAGAGAGAUACAAGGAUCAGCUCAAUCAAGUUGAAGUAGUGUCUUUGAGUGAGAACAGGAACCAACUGUGGGAACUUUUCUAUAAAGGAGUCUCAUUUCCUACACUGGCUCGCUUUUUGAUUAAUGAUGUUGCUUCCAAUUGGCUAUCUUGCUUCCCUCUUACAGCAAAAAAACUGGUCUAUGAUGUUUUUUUUGUUAAGGGUCUCAUGAUUGAGGUUGUCCAAGCCUUGAUUCCUUCUCUAGACCACAACUCUAAUGCUGUGAGAUCAAAUGCUGAAAGAUUAGUUGAACUCUGCCUGUUAGAAAAUGAAGGUGCUCUUCAGUUGGUGCGAGAAAUGGGUGUUUACCGAGAAUCCAAAGAUAGCUCAGAUUCUUUAGUCAAAUUGGCAGUUUCUAGAGUGGCCCAGCUUCUUGCAUCUGUCCCUGACAAAGCACGGCUAGGAGCUCCUAAAUCUCUUUCAUCUCAUUUAUUUUUCAAGAGCAUCACUAUUCAGCUUCUGGAUGGUGCAGAAGAAAAAGGCAGGAAUUUAUAUGCUAAAGAAGUUCUAUUUCGUGGCUUUGAUGGGGAUGGCACCUUCCAUUUUGUUGCAGAAAUGUUUACUCGUAUCUGUCGACGUGGAUCAGCUGAUUUGCUUGUAAAUGAGACGGUCCCCCGAAUUCGGGCGCAUGUAGGAAAACUAUUAUUGUCCGAUAAGGAUGUAAUAACUGAGAACAGUUUCAAGUCAAAUUCCACAUUUCAGUUUUGGUUCUUGAUGAUAGAGAUCAUUAGAGAUACACAUGUUGUGGAAAAAUUGACUGAGCAAAUCCUGCGCCAGCUUGUUGUUACAUGUACAAAUGACAUUGAAGCAUAUUGGAUAAUAUGGAUAUUGUUUCAUCGGUCAUUCCAACAUCAAACACAUGUCAGGCUCAUAUUUAUUGAGAAAUAUUUACUUUCGAAAGUAUUUCCUUUCCGUUGCUUGAGAUGGAUACUUCAGUUUGCUGUGUUUGGUUGUCCAUCUGUUGGUGGCAAGCUACUGAAAGGUGAAAACAAUCAUGUUCUAUUGGAAGCAGUCCAACGUGUCGUAAAAGUGUGGUCCAAACGGGAAUUUGUACAAUCGGCUUCACUGGAGCAACAAGUUUAUGUUACUGCUGUAGCAGGACUGUUGCUGGAGAAUAUGUCGAAAGAAGAGCUAGACUCAAGCAAGGAUGUUAUGCGCUCAAUCCUAGAAGGAGUUAGCUGUAGACUGGAAAACCCUGAUGACUUAAUCAGACGAAUGGCUAGCAGUAUCGCACUUAUUUUUUCUAAGGUAGUCGACCCAAAAAAUCCUCUUUACCUUGAUGAUAACUGCAGAGAAGAAAAUAUAGACUGGGAGUUUGGAUUGGCGUCCUCAAAUGAUGUUUUGACUCCUGUUAAUGGAAUUUCCAAAAACCUAGAGAAGACGGCAAAAUUGAAUAGUAUUGAACAUACACAAGAGCUAAGCCAUGUAGAUAUCCGUGAGACAGGCAUCAAACCGAACUCCAGAAACAAGAAUCCUUUUGGGUUUAAGUUGGUUGAUCCUGAUGAGAUUGUUGAUCCAGCAUCAUUAAAUGAUGACCUUGUCUCUGAUGAAGAGUUGGAUGAUAACAUGAGUGAAGAUUCUGAUACUUCAAGUGACUCAUCUUUACAGCCUUAUGACUUGACAGAUAAUGACACUGAUCUUAAAAAGAGGAUCUCUCAGUUGGUGGAUGUUGUUGGGGCCCUUCGAAAGACUGAUGAUCCUGAUGGAGUAGAAAGUGCUCUUGAGGUUGCUGAAAAGCUCGUGCGAGCAUCGCCUGAAGAACUUCGUCAUGUAGCCAGUGAUUUAGUAAGAACUCUUGUGCAAGUUCGUUGUGCUGAUACAGUAUUAGAAGGAGAGGAAGACUCAGCUGAAGAAAAACGGCAGAAGGCGUUGGUUGCAUUGCUUGUGAUGUGCCCCUUUGAAUCUGUCACUGUUAUGAACAAACUUCUAUAUUCUCCUCAUCUGGAUGUGAGCCAACGCAUCAUGAUACUUGACGUAAUGACAGAUGCGGCCCAGGAGCUUGCUAUUUCUAAGGCUGUUCAGAAAAAGCAGUCAAAACCACUGAUAUCGUCUGCAUCUGAACCUCAACCGUGGUUCUUGCCAAGUAGCAAGGGCCCACCUGGAGCUGGUUCCUGGAAAGAGAUUCCAGAUUCACUUCCUUUUUCUCAAUUGAAUUUGACUUGCCGAUUCGAGAGAGAACUUCCUUCAAAAGCUGUUGAAAUCAAAGGGAAAACACGGCGAUGGGGUCAUAAACCAGCAAAUUUGCAGGCUACUGAGAUUGACUGGUCCCAGAACAAGUUUCCCCUUUAUGCUGCAGCAUUUAUGCUUCCUGCUAUGCAAGGUUUUGAUAAGAAAAUCCAUGGAGUUGAUUUGCUUGGAAGGGAUUUCCUUGUUUUGGGGAAACUUGUUUAUAUGCUUGGAGUUUGUAUCAAGUGCACUGCUCUGCAUCCAGAAGCUUCAGCUUUGGCUCCUCCACUUCUGGACAUGCUAAGCUCUAGAAAGGUAUGCCACCACAAGGAAGCAUAUGUUAGAAGAUCAGUCCUGUUUGCCGCAUCAUGCUCUUUGACAGCACUUCACCCAUCUUUUAUAGCAUCUGCCUUGCUUGAAGGAAACGAGGAAGUUUCUAGAGUACUUGAAUGGGUUCGUACAUGGGCCCUUCAGAUAGCCGAAUCAGACACUGACAGAGAGUGUUAUACGAUGGCCAUGGCAUGUCUUCAGCUGCACGCUGAGAUGUCAUUUCAAGCUUCUCGAGCACUUGAGUCUGUCGAAAGUAAUCCAAAAAAGAAAAGCAUCGGAUUGCCGUCUAAUCUGUCAAAGGAGGUUAUCAAAAUUCCUGGUUCGAACGGUUUAUUUCUUGGCUAAUUGGGCUUUAAGUUGGUUAAUAGGAAGCUUUAAUAUACUGUACAGUUUUCAAUUUAGUCCUGUUGGAGUUGAUACCAGAUACUUGCAAGCGGCACAUCACAUUUGACCGAAAUUUUUUUUAUGUACAUACAUAGCCAAGUAGACCUGGUAAAGUGUCAUGUUGAGUCGAGUUGGGGCGGGGUAGUUGUGUUCAAUUGUUAAGAGGUUAGGGAUGGGAUUUUUGAAGUGGUUCAUUAGUGAGUUGCACCAAUUAUGCUGCCAUGAGUCCAUGACUAUUUGUUCGGUUUUAGGAGUGUUUGGUUGUACUACUUUGUGCGCACAAAUGUCGGCAAAUUGUUUCGGAUAAAACUAUGUUAAAUUUAUUUAAGUGAGAAUUAUAGUUGUUCAGGAUCAAUUAUAAGAAUAUGUUGUCCAGUGCUUGGAAAAGCUCCUUUGAUAUUUAAGUUAGUCAUGUGCAUAAAAAAAAAAUAGAAAGUGAUGUGAUUGAUGCAACAUUUAUAAA